AUGCAUUGGGAUUCUCUGUUAUUUACUGAGUGUUAUAAUUCGAUUAGAUUAGGCAAUGAAGUUGACCCGAAAUUCAUUAAAGAGAUCGAGGAAGACUUGUUCAAUAUUUUAAUCGUGCCUCCAAAGAACGAGAGUUCUAGAAAUAAAAUAUUGCAGGAGAACACGCCUGUGACAUUUUCAGAUGGGCAAGAGUAUAAGCUAAAUCAGCCCUUCAUUGAGGCUGCUGUGGUGCUAUCAACGGAGUUGGGGUUAGAUGAGUUGGUAACAGCUGAAAUAUUGUAUCUGGCGAGCGAUUUGAAAUUCGAAAAGGGAACGCUGUUGGUUGAUUCUGCCAGAUUGGAGUAUUAUACUAGACAACAAUUAGUCUUAAACAUUUUGGGAAACUUGCUUGAGAAUGACAAAAUUGACUUAAUUGUAUCGCAAGGAAAUCAUGAAAAAUUCUUCAAUAAUAUAAUUAAAUCAUUCGAAAAGAUUUAUGAAACAUUGGAUACACUCGACGACUUGGUUGAUAAGCAAAAGCUUACGGCGCAUAUAAAUGACAUUUCUUUCAUAUGCUCUAUAAAUUUCACCAAGUCACAGCUCUUCACGAACCAUGAAUUAUUGGGUCAAAUCUACUACACUUUAAUCAAUAAUUAUGAAACAUACAGACAAAUUGACUAUUUCAAUAGUAUAAUUAAGCACAUAAAAAAGCACUUGAGUGAUGAUGAUGUUCUAGUCAUCCAUUUUUUGCCAGGUCUAUUCAAGUUUGUCUCUAAUGGUUUUUGUGAUUUUGCUCUGGUUCACGCAUUAUUGACUUCAACUUUGACUCAAGACUACCUGAAUAUCCUGAAUAAUGACACUAUUGACUUGUCAAAAUCUCAGUUGAAAGGAUUCGAAAUUCUUGUUAUAUUUUACUUCCUAACAAAUUUUAUUGGUUGGUGCAAAGACAUGGAACCAAGGACAACAAAAUUCAAUUUCAAGGAUGAUGUUUUAAAAUAUAUUGAGUGGUGCAUAAAUUAUGGUGUUAUGGAUAAACUUUUAUGUUAUUGUGCUGAUACUUCGACGUUGAAGACCCAGGAAUUAUUGGAUUGGAGUAAUAUGUAUGACUUCAGAGCCUUGUUACAGAAAACUUACCCAAAACUCAGCCCUCUUAGGUUUACUUUAAGAUGUUCCAGUGAGCUAAUACAUGCAUCUGCCAUGCGUCCAGAAUUUGAAAACGUUAAAAAAUUGACUAACGUGUCUAACUAUAACAUUUCGAGCACAUUUGUGGAAAACUUAGUGGUGCCAUUUUUACAUUCUUUUUUCUCCCAGUUCAUAAUAAAUUCCGCUGUCAUAUUGACUCUGUUGAGAGAUAAUGAAGAAGACUUCCUAUUGUCUUCAAUUAAUAAAAAGGAGCCGAUUGAUGCACCCAGUAAUAUUGAUGAUGAUGAUUCGACGAAAAGGUUGAACAAUGGAAAUGGAGUUGAUAACGAUUCAUUAGACUUGGAGGAAAUAUCGUCGAGGGCAGAUCUAGAAAGAUUCUAUUUAGCUCUUGCUUAUUGUUAUAGCGACCGACCGGAAAUCUGUUUACUCUUUUUGUCUGUCGAUGAACCACAGUCAGAUAUUCUAGGCUUUAUUACAUGGGGCCUAAGCAACAAUACAUCUCCACUAAUCACGUCAACUUUUUGCUUGUUGCUUGGUUCUUUAACAUCGGGCGGUUCGGAAUCUUCUUGCAAAGUUUGGGAGAUCUUGAAUAAUAAUAGCUCUACUCUUAAAAAGAAUGAUUAUUCAAGAAUAUCAAUAGAGUCGAUCAUUGACUCAUUGACUUAUUAUGUCGAAGCAUUAAAUGAAAAUUUCGAGCAAGAUUUGAGCGAACAACUUAAGCAACAACAGAAGAGACAGGACUUCUUCUUUUCAACUAAUAUACAAAAUCAGCAACAGGAGAAUCUUUCCUCGACUGAAGUGAUUAUAGAAUUGGCUGAGGAUUCCAUUAUAUUCAUAUCAGGUUUUAUACAAUUAAUUUCAUCCAUUGUCAGAAAUUUGGCUCCUAAUGAAAGUGAAAGAUUCAAAGACAUCAAAACUAAUGCAUUCAAUAGAUUUAAAGGAGUGAUAAUAGAGUUCUUAAAGUUUGAUAAUUUGAUCAUUAGUAGUAAAGGUUUGUUAAACUCCCUCUCGGCAAACUCAAAUCGACCAUCAUCCAGCGAGGCACCCAGAAUCCAAAUAAGUGAUGAAAACAGAGUUAUUUUGACCAACCUUUUGUUAAAUUUGUUAGCAGAUUUUGUGUCGAAGGAUGACAACUUAAAUCUAAGAUAUCAAAUAUGGACAAUUGUUGAUAAAUGGAUAUAUCAAGCGUUAUUUAUUACUAAUAAUAAUGAUGGGACUAAUAGCAAUCAUGAAAAGAAUGAGGACGAAAUUGCAAGUAACACUAGAGAUGGAAAUAAUCUUUUACGAAAAGCUGGUAAACGUGUUGACAUCAGAGGAAGUUCUGAAGCAUUAUUAAAGAAUCCUAGAUUGAAGCUAUUUUAUGGUCGUCAACAUGUGAGGAUUAAUCAAGGUUUUCAGAUCAAUUUAACUCAUUUUUCUCAAGUCGCCAAUUUUGCAAAGUUACUUCGCAACUUAUUAUCGUCCUUGGAUGUUAAAAAUAAGGCUUUUGCAAAGUUUAAUCUCUUGUAUCCAGCUGAUUUGGGAGAAAGCUACAGAAUUAAUAACCAAAUUGGAGUAUGGCCAUAUAUCGAAUAUCUAUUGUUGGAAGUUUUCUCCUAUUCUGAUAAAUUGAAUGAUUUGGAUGAUAAGUUCAACUUGCAAUUAAUAGUGGUUGAGACAAUUCAAAACUCUUUGAAUGAUGUUGAUUGGGUUUUUAUUAAUGAUAUAGCACCUCAUGCUGUCAAAGAGGUCAAAAACUUGAAUUCUAUUGUUCAAUCCAAUAAUGCUUUGUCGUACCAUCUUUUCAUUAAGCUUCACCAUUCUUUGGCAAUACUUAAUUAUCUAUACGAUGAGAAAGCCUACAGUGCAUUAUCGAGGAUUGUAAACGUGGGAGUUGAUGAACUUGACGAAAACGAAAAGUUAGUGGUUUUAGUAGAAAAAACUCUAAGUGUCGUUGUAAGCAUACUAGAUUUGCAAGAUACUUAUAUUAACAGAUUACUUCCAAUUCUCAAAGAUGGUGAUGAUGAAUUGGCUAAAAUAUCUCCCAGUUCUAUUGGAAUAAAUACAAACAUGAAUCUAACAUUGAACGCACCGAAGUCCAUUUUCGAUAACAUCUAUUAUCCGAAAAACAUUGGAACAAAUGGGAUAAGUAACUACUAUGAAAUCUUUCUCUUUAAUCUAUCGGCAGUUGUCCAUUUGGCUCUUUAUGUCGGCACAUCCAAUAGCUAUAUUGCGAAUUUAUCGGUUAGGAUUUUGAAUAAGCUAAGCUCUUCUGAGUAUUUCAUUGCCAGAAUUUCAUAUAAUCCAAAUGAUCCAUUAUUGACAAAGAAUAGAUUAUUAACGAUAUUUGAGACGAUAGACGAAUCGAUUAAAAUAAAGUUUUCUUUCAUGAAACAAUUUGAAGCUUACAACGAUGACUUAGAAAUAAGGUAUAAUAUUUUGAACUUUUUAUUAGAUAACUUAACCGUAUCAAAUGGAAAAGAACCAAAUGUUGCUCAUUUCUUAUUAGGAUUUCAACUACGAGGAGGAAAUUUAUUAUUUAAAGACUUUUAUGAAGAGAACUCGCUAUUAAAUUCUCUACUUAACACUUUAGGAGGUAGCUUGGACUUUAUAUCUGAAAUUAAUUACAAUGAAGGAAACAACCGAAUUGUGAAUGUUGCGCCUGCUAGACUUUCCUCACUAAUCUUGAGAAUAUUGGUAAAAUUGUGUCGCGAUCCAAUAAGUUCUGAAAUCACUUUAUGCUACUUACGAAAUAAUGGUAAUUUGUUUGAAAGACUUAUCGAUCAUCAACCAAAUAUUGAUCAAAGCACGGUGUUUCAUGAGCACACUUUUAAUGGGGAUUUAAGGGAAGAUGUCGAUAAUAAGUUCAUUCAUGAUCAAUCAGGAAGAGAUGCUUUCUUUUCAUUCAUCGAUUAUAGGAAUCUCGUAUUACAAUACUUAUCGUUGGAGUUUCAUAGCGUGCCUUCCAUGACAAGAAAAGAACACUACGUAAAGUCACUUUUAGGUAAUAAGGAUUAUCUUGAUGGUUCACCUAAGGUUUUAAACUUAUUGGAUAUCUUGAACUUCAAUUUUAAGAAUUCCGAAAUCCACAAAUAUGAAAUAUAUAACGAAACAUAUAACAUGGGUCUUAUUCUUCAGGAAGCUAAAGCCUCCAAGUCUGAAGCGGUCGAUUUAACCAUUUUGAGUAAGGUUGUCAAGUUUGUGUGUCAAAGCUCAAACUUGAGGUUAAAGGAGGAAAAGGUCGCUUUUUCCAAGCAAGUGAUGUUCGAUGCUUACCAAUUAAGUGAAUUUGUGACCAAAGUGGUAAUAGCAGGGGAUUUGAAAGAUGCCCAAUUGAAGUGUUUACAUUCUUGGUGUCAAUUAAUAGAAAUAUUAAUUACGGAUGGAAUAAUGGAUUCUAAAAGUUUUGUAUUGGAAAUUUUUCAAGUCUUGCUCCCUAAGAUUAAUGACUAUUUAGAGUCAGCAAUAAUUUUUUCAGAGGAAUUUAUUUCUUUAAGCGUUUUACUUUUUGACGUUUAUGAGCAAAAAAUUUUGAAGAAAUGUAAGAGGGAAGAAUUUUCGAUAGAAUUUCGAAGAUUAUUGCCCUUAUUCAAAACAUGUAUUAGUGGAAUCUUGAAUACUAACUCUACUCCAAGCUUGAGAUCAGAUCUCUAUAUUUUAACUAACAAGUUUCUAGUUAAUCUUUUCAAUAAAGAUGAAUUAGUUAGAGAAAUAUCUGGAAUUAUAAAGUCCACGGACAAAAGGUUUAUCGAUGUUAUUUGCAAUGAUUCCAUAUAUUCCGAAGGGCCAUCUAGGAUAACAUCUAUCCUCUUAUUGGAAUCGUUGAUCCAUUUAUCCUCAUUGAACAAGAACAAUUUUAUAUUGGAUCUUUUGAUAAAAAAUAACUCAUUGUUGAUGUUAGUGAGGUCUAUCAAAAGAACUGAUCAAAUGAUAUCUAUUUGUUCCGAUGAAAAUUCAGGCAUAAGUUUAGAAACGUUGUUAUAUGAGUUGACAGCAUUCAAAAGUACCAUGUAUUUCUUAUUAAGAGUUGCUCAAUCGAAGGCAGGUUCACUACAGCUAAUUCAAAGCGAAUUAUUUCCUAUAUUGAGACUGUCAAAGUUUUUACAAAUUGAUCCUGAUGUUGGAUUAACUUUGAAAUUAGGUGAGACUAAGGAUUUCAAUAAUAUCAAAGUUAGCUUGUCACUUGACACGCCUUACGCUUUGGCAGACUUGAACAAAAAUGCACAAUUCGACAACGACAUCUCCUACUUUGAGUUUUUGAAUCCUACAUUCCAGCUAGUCGUCGCUGUUCUUCUCUCAAUGGGACCUUCUUUUAGACCAAGUAUUAUUCAGACAAGAGAAAUGUUAAAAGAUUUCCACUAUUUGUUGGUGGGUAUAAUGAAAAGAGAUUACUUAGUUGAAACAAAACAAUUGAAAUCAGAUCAUCUAUACAAGGAUGAAAACAUAUCGCUUGUCGGCCUCAAAGAAUUGGUUAAACUUUUCACCCUUCUAAACUCUUUGGUAAGUGAGAAAGGUGUCUAG